AUGGUUCUGAUAUUUCAUGUACUAGGAUGUAUGCUUGGUGCUUGUCGGAAUCACAACGUGGCGGGCCCCGCAGAUAUUCUUGCUGACGAAAUUCUCCGAGAUAAAUUCGGAGUUCUCAAGAGAUUUGAUAAUAGCAGCGGCAGCAGCGGCAGAGGCAGCAGCGGCAGCGGCGAGAGGGUGGAUGCUUUGGAUGGAGAAAUCAGAGUGGCGAUACGUAAAUUCGAAGAUGCAAUCGAAUCCCAUGUCUCGAAUCAGUUUCUUUCUCAAUGUCGAGAAACCCAUAAUGGGAGUCAUCCAUUGACAAUACUCGCCCUAGAUAUGAAGGAAGUGAAGCACGAGAUCGAUUCAUUCAACGAGACGAUCAAGAAGAUGGAGGGCGAGUGCAUUAACGAAUUGAACAAUCUGUCCCGUGAAGAAGACGACGCCGUUUCAUCGAUAAUUGGUUAUGUUGGUACGAAGUGGAAUAUGGUUGGAUUUUCUGAUCAAUUUCAAGAAAUCCGAACGUGGCUUUUGGAAUAUCCAACGGAUCCUCAACGCCUCGUGUCUGCAUUAUCUCUUGUUGGAAUGACGGGGAUUGGUAAGACUACUCUUGCCGUGCAACUUUUUGAAGACCCGUUAGUCUCGAGUUAUUUCGACGUUCGUGUGUUUAUCACCGUACGACAAAAAUGUGACUUAAAAGAGAUUUUGCAAGGUAUUCUAGCUCAAAUGAAUCUCGAGAUUGAUAAAAUGCUCGACGUGGGAGAUUUGAAAAGAAUUAUGUACCAAAAUUUGAAGGGUAAAAAAUGCCUCUUUGUUUUGGAUGAUGUAUGGAAUAUGCAGGUGUGGGAUGUCUUGAGGAGGUGUUUGGUGAAGAAUGAGUUUUGCCCUCCCCAACUUGAGAAAGUUGGAAAGAAGAUUGCCGAAAAUUGUGAUGGUCUUCCUCUUCUAAUCGUCACAGUUGCCGAAUUCUUAUCCAAAGCCGACAAGACCACUGAGUACUGGAAGAAAGUGGCAGAGAAAGAAAAUUCGAUUUUCAUGGAUGCAAAUGAUCAAAUGAUGUCAAAGGUACUAUUUUCGAGCUACAAAUACUUAUCUCAAUAUUCAAAGGCAUGCUUUAUGUAUAUGGGAGUUUUCCCUCAAAACUAUGAAAUUCCGUGCUCCAAGCUCUUGAAGCUAUGGAACGCUGAGGGAUUCCUCGAACCAACUCCAAGAGGCAUUGUGAUUGACGAGCUUGUUUUGAAAAGCCUUGUUGUGGUCCACAAGAAGAGCUGGAAUAUGUGCUAUAUAUCACCCGGUUUCGGAAUCAAUACUUGCGGUCUCCAUUCCGUGUUUUGGAAUCUGUGUAACAGAGAAGCCGAGAAGAACAAAUUUUUCCAUGUCGUAAAUCGUAAUCAGGACACUACGACUUUAGUGGAGGGCAUAGAGCACCACCGUCGACUGUGCAUCCGCAAAGGAGUUCUGUUUGCCAUCAAAGAUGUAAACAAGUCAAUAUCAUCUAAUUCAAACGCGCGCUCGCUCCUGUGUUUUGGUCCGUACCAAAAAUAUCCAGUACCAAUAUGUUUCGAGUAUUUAAGGUUGCUCAGGGUAUUUGAUGCCCUUACAAUUCGUAUGUACGAGUUCCCAAUGGAAGUACUGAAACUAGUUCAGUUAAGGUACCUUGCCCUCACUUACGACGGAAAACUCCCUCCUUCCAUAUCCAAACUUCGGAGCCUUAAGUACUUGAUUAUCCUUCGACAUUUAAACAUCAUUAAAUCUUGUAUAAGUUCUUCAUAUUUGCCAAAGGAGAUAUGGGAUAUGCAAGAGCUAAGGCAUCUUCACAUCACGGGAUGCAAUCUCCCAGAUCCUUGUGGCGCUGGCUUGAGAAACCUCAGAACGCUUUUAGAUGUAAGCCCCCAUUGUUUUACAAAGGAGCUUCUUGCAAGAUUCUAUUAUCUAUCAAGUUUACGUAUUCGAUUUGAUUUGGCGCCUAAUUCUUGUGAAUCAUUCAACUUGUUUGAUCUUAAUUCUCAUCUUCGUUUAAGUUCACUCAAAUGUAUCACAAUGAAUCCUAUUCCGCGGUCCGAGGUUUCGGUUCCUCCACCUCCUAUUCGUCCGGGUUUCUAUUCAAAUCUUAGCAAGUUGAGUUUGAGUGGGUUUGGAUAUCCAUGGGAAUACAUGAAGUUGAUCUCUCCAAUGCCGUAUCUACAAGUGUUGAAGCUGCGAUGCUAUGCCUUUCUAGGGGCGAAGUGGGAAACUCAAGACAAAGGAUUUCCGUACCUUAAAGUUCUCGUAAUUGAAGACUCUGAUCUGAUGCAAUGGACGGUCGGGAUUAAAGCAUUUCCAUGUCUUGAGCUCCUGACCGUGAAAAAUUGCCAUAAACUAGAAGGAAUCCCUCGUGAUUUUGCCGAAUCGGAUCGUCUAAGUAUUGAGCUCGUUGAUUGUAGCCGUUCGGCUUCGGCUUGUGUGAAGAGAAUGCAAGAGGAACAACGGAACAAAGGAAGGGAUUUCCUUAAAGUUUCUGUCACUUCUUCAUGGGAUACAUGA